CGUAUAUCGCAGACCAGCGCGCGGUGAUCGUUGUUUAUUCUCGAUCGCAUCAUAAUAAAUCUUUUGUCCGCUGUUUCGCUCCGAUAAUCAAAAAUGUCUCUGUGGGUGGAUAAAUACCGGCCGAAGGAUCUAUCCAAAUUGGAUUACCACAAGGAUCAAGCGCAGAGAUUGAAAAAUAUGGUACAACAAGGAGAUUUUCCACAUUUAUUAGUUUAUGGACCAUCAGGGGCUGGUAAAAAAACACGUAUAAUGUGCUUGCUCAAAGAACUUUAUGGAAAUGGAGUGGAUCGUUUACGAAUGGAUACAAUGACUUUUGAGUCAGCGUCAAAAAGAAAAUUUGAUAUAUCAACAAUUAGCAGCAAUUAUCAUAUAGAAGUAAAUCCCAGUGAUGCUGGUAUAUAUGACAGAACUGUUGUUAUGGAUCUUGUAAAGACCACUGCACAAACUCACCAAAUAGAUCCUACUGGCCAAAAAGAAUUCAAAGUGGUAUUAUUAACAAAUGUUGAUGAAUUAACAAAAGAUGCCCAACACGCACUUCGCAGAACUAUGGAGAAGUAUGUAGGUACUUGUCGAUUAAUUUUAAGCACUAACUCGACAUCAAGAGUACUACCAGCAAUCAGAUCUCGAUGUCUUGGAAUCAGAGUUCCAGCCCCAACGAUUGAGGAAAUAAAAACAAUUUUGACCAAAGUAGCUAAAAAAGAAGGACAUGAUCUUCCUAAUGAAUUAGCAGAAAGAAUUGCUACAACCAGUGAACGAAACUUAAGGAGAGCACUGUUAAUGCUAGAAACUUGUAGAGUUGAACAAAUUCCAUAUACUCCUGAUCAAAAAGUUACCGAACCAGAUUGGCAACUUUACAUCAAAGGCAUUGCUGCACUGAUGGUGAAAGAACAAAGUCCUAGCAAAUUAUUAGAACUUCGGAGUAGAUUUUAUGAACUGUUAACGCAUCGUAUACCAUCUGAUUUAAUAUUUAAAGGAAUGUUACAAGAAAUAAAUAAAAAGUGUGAUUUGCAAUUAAAAAUUCAAGUAGCAAAUCUUGCUGCUGAGUAUGAGCAUAGAAUGCAUCAAGGAUCUAAAGAAAUAUUCCAUUUGGAAGCAUUUGCUGCCAAAUUUAUGUCACUUUAUAAAAAGUUUAUGGAUGCUUCUAUGGCAGAUUUCAUGUAAGAAAAACAAUUCAUAAUUUUUACUUUACUAACUAAAUAAGUUGUUAUUGUUUAAGGUAGUUAUAAAAUUUUGUCAAAGAAUAAAAAAAUUUUUGUAUUUUUAA